GCGUUCAGUUCGCUCGGUUCGUUGGCCCACGUCGCGCUUUUUCUCCCUCAAAAGUAGCGCAAAUUACUUAAAAUAAACUCAAACAAAACUAUUUGGAAUAGACGCUGACAAAGUUCUUGCUCAUCUUUUCGCACAAUUCGCUUCGAUUCGUCGUUCGCUGUUUGCAGAUUAUCUCAGUGCGCGAGAAAAAAAGAGAAAAGAAAACAUGAAAAUUCCAAUCAGUAUGACAAUGCUUUCUCUCUAGCAUUCUGUGUCUGCUUGAUGUCUGUCAUAAUGUUGACUCACCAUGUUUCCGCAUCUGGAGAUGGAUCAUGCAAGGAACUAAACAACGUCAACUGCUAUGUGGGCCGUAACGAGGGCAACUAUUGCAACAGGAAGGACCAGACGAAGGCUCUCACCCGUUGGUAUUACGAUAAGGGCUCCUGUCGUCCCUUCUCCUAUCGUGGCUGCAAUGGCAAUCGGAAUCGCUUCUGCACGCAGGAAAGCUGUGAAACACGCUGUGGAAAGAAAUAAACUCACACACACAGAGAGAGAAAUGCACACUCACAUCGAUUCACAACAAGUUUCACAUCUCUACAUCUGAGUUUCACAUCCACUUAGUUGAUAAGUUUGUAUGUACACAAGUCUAGUCUAAGUACUGAAAGCAAAUAGAAAGAGGAAGCCGCCGCAAGUGUUUCUCACCUUUGAUCGAAUCAAUAGUCGCUAAAUGCCGACCAAAAUAGACAGUCGAGUGCUGUAAGCUGGCAACAACAACAACAUCGGCAACGACAAUCGAAUAUGCAGCACAGCACUUGGCUUGGUCCGAAAAAUGUGCAAACUGUCAGUGUGCUGACGCCUCGUGUAUCAAAUAACGCGAUGACAUGCCCCAUGACAGUGUCGCCAAUGGCCAGUUGACUUUGAUUUUGAUGCCCAUGUCGAUGUCGUUGUCGAUGCCGA